AUGAACAGAAAGACUCCAAAUUCCAUGGCUUCUUCUUCUCCGCCAAUGAGUUCUCGACCCUCAAUCCAUCCUCCCCUUCUUCACCUCCUCGUCAUUCUUCAACUACUACUGUUCCUACCCUCUUGCACAAUCGCCCAGCCGCCGCCAUUCGUCAUCUCGAACUGCGCCAAUCAGGUCGGCUUCGGAAGCUGGAAAGCAAGGGGUGGCUAUCAUCUUGGGACCAUUCUUCAUGCUUUUGCUCAUCAGUAUCCAAAUACUACUGAUCCGAUGAUCAUUGAGACUCUGGCCUUGCGCGAUGCUAUGCGCUACUGUGUGCACGAAGGGUUGGAAUCGGCCUUGUUUCUGGGGGAUGCGAAAGUUCUUAUCGAUCAUUGCAAUAAUGGGAUCACUCAUGAUGCGAAGUGCUUGCCGGAUCUGUCGGCACAGCAGUGUGAGGACUGCCUUGUCGGAGCCGUCGGCCGGAUCCCGAAUUGCUGCGGCGGGAAAGUCGGCGGACGAGUUAUCCAACCGACUUGCAAUUUGAGAUUCGAGACUUACCGAUUUCAUGCCGAGACGGCGGCGCCGCCCCCUCUCCGACCGUAUCGCCGCCUACACCGCCGGUUUUUUCUCCGUCGCCGCCUCCAGAAGGGGCAAAGGAAGUGA